AUGGCUCAAGCAAAAUUGCAUUCUGAUGUCGAGCAACUGGUGGCCUCCAUUCAGAGCAUUGCGAUGGAACCAGAAAAUCGCCUCACGUUUGUUUCGGAAUACGUAAGGAACAUCAAGGAAUUACAUGGAAAGAACGUUCAGGAGUGUGAGAAGGUGCUUUCGAUCCUCUUUAACUGUUUAGAAAGCUAUGAUGCGUCGAGAGGCUCCAACUUGGACACGAUUGUGGAGCUGACGGUGCUGGAUAUUCUCUUUAGCCUUGACCUUUCCGUGAUCCAGGUCUCCCUCUGUGAUUCAUACCUCGGGUUGUGUUUAAACGCAGUGAACGACUUGACGGUGGCGGCCGCGGCGGCGAAGACCUUCGGCGCGGCACUGAACUUCAAGAUAUCAAAUGAGUUUAUUCAAACCCAAGUAGAAGAGGCGCUUAAAGGGCUCGAAUCGUCAACGCGUCAGACGAAGCCCAAGCAGGUGUGCAGCAUCCUUGCGCUGACGGAGGCGGCCGUGAAAUACCCCGUGGUGAUUCUUCCCAGGUUAGACGAGAUUCUCAAACAGCUGUGGAAUUGCCUCGCGCUCCAAGACAAGGAUGUUCGCUCGCACGCGGAGGUGUUGUUUCACCAUGCGACGAAACUCUUGGCGAACCGCCCCCCCUCGGCGCGGGCUCAAGUGUACGAGGAGCUCAUUUGUACCCUCAAAGAGAAACUGGAUUCCAAACUCUACGAGGAUAAAAUAGCGGGGUUACUCGCUUUCGAACCAAUCGUAACGAACACGGCGGCCGGGAAUCGCGCACUGAAGUAUGAGGAUCUUUCGCUAAUGCUCCUACCGUACAUCAUGGGGAGGGAUAAUCCCUCUCUGAAGAACGACAAUCUUCUGGAGCUGGUCUUUCGCUCGUUGGUUGUCCUUUGUCGCUUCAACAAGACUCUCUUUGUGGCGAAUCAGCUGAAGAAAACGGUGGAGUUCACACUGCACGCGGUGCAAAACAAGAUCCAACUCAGCAAGGCGCUCAACAUGCUCACGGAGAUCGUCACCAUGGUCGGGAGGGAUGAAUUUGCCAUUUUUUCCAAGGACGCAUGCGACGUGAUCUGCUAUGUGCUCCAAGACUCUAGCACGCCGUGUUGGGAGGCCCUGAAGUGCUUUUCGGUAAUUUGUAAGACUAGUGCACCGAUUUGCUUGGAGAGCUAUGUAGAUCUAUGUAUAGAAAAAUCGUUUAGAUGGGGAUUUUCCCCGCAGUUAAUCGAGUGCAUGCGGGAUAUUAUCGCCGCGUCCCCUCUGGAAUAUCGCACAAAGUUGGAGGAAUCCCUUUUAGACAUGAUCUCCAUCACGCUUUGCGGAUCCCCAUUCCGCCACCACCUCACCACAAACAACUAUCCCGAGUUAGCGAGCCACGACGAGCCGUCGGAGACGCAAAUCUCGGUCGCGCUGAACGCGCUCGUGCAGUUUGGCUUCUCCAACUCCGAGCUGAUGAGCGACUUCCUCCGGGAUUCGGUGCUCCCGAUGAUCGACAACACGAGCGCCGCGAUUCGGAAUGCCGCGAUUUACACCAUCAUGAAACUCCUCAUCCCUGCAGGAAACAAAGAAGACCUGAGCAUUGCGCGACGGAUGUGUGUUAACACGGUGAUCUCCCACAUGCUCACGGUGGCGCUCUCGGAUCCCAACCACACCGUUCGGUAUGCCAUUAUUAGCGCCUUCACCGAGGACUUUUAUCCAUACCUCAGCGAACCGCAGUUUCUCUUUCAUCUCUAUUCCACGCUCGGCGACGAAUCGAUCGAUUGCCACGUCGCUGCGGUUGAGCAGCUGUGUAAUAUGAUUAAAUACAACCCGUCCUACAUUUUUCCCGUUUUACGAAACGAGAUGGUGGUUUUCUUGGGGUUUAUCUCCUCCGAGUGUAACCCGGUGGCGGUUCAGAACGGGCUUCGACUUCUCGCGGCGGUCUCCUCCAACGCCCCCCAGUUUGUGGUGAACUUCACCGAUUCCAUUUUAGAAACUUUGGGAACCCAGUUCGCCGCCGGCGUGAGAUCGCCGAUGCUGCCGCAGCUUUUAAUGUGCUACACAGGGCUCGCCAAGGCGGCGCACCAAUUCAGCAAAGGUUCCUACCCUUUUAAGCGGGAGAUUGCAAGGGUGUGUGAGUUGUUUGAUUCCCUCCCGCCCGAGCAGAGCCAUCAUACGGUUCGUCUGGAGUGCCUGCGCUUCCUGAGCGCGACCCUUGGGCCCCUCAUUGAUGGGGAGAUUCCCUACAAGAUGAUCCCUCGACUUUACCCCCUUCUCUCCUCAAUCGUCCGGAGCACGGAGGAAAGCAUAGAAAUACGCCUAGAGGCGCUCAAGUGCUUUGGGAUUAUCGGCGCCCUAGACUCGCGCAUCCUACAAUCCCUUAGCAUUGUGAAUAGCGAAAAUCCAUCCUAUGCUUACAUAGAUGUUUUUAGUCAAUUAACCCACCAAAAGUGCUGCUGUGUGGUUCUCCACGCCAUCGCAGCGUUGUGCGAUCCGACGGAUAAACGGCCGAUUUCGUCCUCCGUGCAUGAUCGGUUGCUACGGAUGAGCAUGCAGACGAUCCUGAAUAUCGCGGACCGCUGCCCAUGCUCGCGCGCGGAAAUGGGCGUCAUCAUCGGUCCCCUGACGAGGGUGGUUUGUCAGCUAAAAAGCGGCCGAAUGCUGGCUUCCAUUAUUUACGAAUACACCAACAUCAUCAAAUUCAUCGGUGAGCCCGUUCUCAAGCACGUCGAGAGCAUCUAUCGUGUCUUCGAGGAUGUGUGGCGGAAACACCUGCCGUAUCGAUUUCUGGUCGUCCGCAUGCUUUCCGUUCUCACCAAGUUCGAGACCUCCGUGAGUGAUAACUACCGCUACCAUCAUACUCUUGCCCUGUCGCGGAUUCUCAGCGCGUUCGGCCACACGGACUCCCCGAUGGAUCUGAAGUACGCGAUCUUGGAGUACAUCCUACGCCACAUCGGCAUCCUCCAGGGCUCCUCCGAGGCCGUCAUCGGGAAUCUUCUUAGCGUCGUUCAAAGCCCAUUCACCUCCGUUGAUUUCUGCAACGCGGCGGUUACGACGAUCAAACUCGUGUGCUCGAAACUCUGCGUGGACGCGCUCGUCGGGGCGAUCGUUCGCGGGCUCAUUGAGUGCCUCACGCGAGAUUUAGCGCGGCCGAACCGCAACACCGCGAUUUUCACCAACGUGAUGUCCGUCUUCUGCUUUCUUUACCAAGAUCGACAGACCGAUUUCGUGAUCUACGCCGCGUAUAUCAUGCAAACCCUCAAAGCGUUCUCCGUCGUCCACACAGAGUUUGGCAAUCUGAACUCCCAAAUCACCAGUGGGAUGCGGUGCUCGAAAAGCGGCAAGCUCCUCCAAACGGCGGGUGUGGAGCUCUCGAACUUACUCCAAAAGUGCGACUCCGAGUUCGUCAAAAGCCUCACCCGGCAGGCCGACGUGUGGAGCUAUUCAAAGCUCUCCGAGGAUAAUCGAGGUAGUGGUACGAACCUCUCCAGCGAUAACGGGAAGGAGAAGACGUUACCGAUUAGUGAGCAAAAGAUGUUGGCGUAUUUGAAGACGGUGCACCUCAGCAAGGAGGAUUGGAUGCGGUGCUCCGAGCAGUUCUCGCUGGAUCUUCUCCAGGAGUCCCCGUUGCAGGUUUUUCGCUGUAUUGUGCUCCCCAUCUCGAUUAACGCGCCGCCGUUGACGGAGAAGUUCCCGCAAUUCAUGCAGGACGUCCUGCACGUCGCUUUUCGGACGUUGUGGACGUACGCCAGCGCGAAUUUACGCGCCGCGAUCGUGGAGGUUCUCCGCCUCACCGCCUGCCAGGCGAUGGUUCCUUCCACGGUACCCGAUGCGGUCGUCGAGUUCCUGCUCGGCCUCGUUGAUUACAUGGAGCACGUGGGAGAGGGGCUGAUGCUUUCUUACACGGAUAUCUCCGACUGCGCGUGGUAUCGCGGGAUGUUCGCGCGAUCACUCUUUUGGCGGGAGGCGGCCUACCGGAUCGAUCCUACGGCAACCGCGGAAUCCCUGAUCACGUUGUAUAGCGAACUUCGCAUGGUGGAUUCCUCGGUUGGGAUCUUAAAUCAGGCCCCCGAGGCGCAGCGCCGGUUUCUUCUUCAAUCAAGCCUCGUGAAGCUCGCCCGCUACGCGGAGGCGCUCAAGCUGAUCGAGCAGGAAAUGCAAGCGAAUACAAGCAGCCCUCGGACGAAAUUCUCCAGCUCCUUUUCGAGCCCACACCUCGAAUUUGGCUCCCACAACAGCAUUAGCCCACGGCAGUGGAAUGGAAAUGGGGAGAACGCGGAGUUUUCGCACCUCAUGCGCGAUAUCAGCUCGGCCGACCACAAACUAAAACUCAAGACGGAGUUUAUUCUCUGUUUGAGCGAGCUCGGGGACUACAACCGGGUUCUGAAGGAAUGGAACGAAAUCUACAAAAGCUACAACGAAAGUUCCUAUGAGGAGAAGAGUUCGUCGAUCUUACCGCGGGUCGCUCAAUACGCCGCGGACGCAUCGAUUCGUGUGCAGUCAUGGGGAACGCUGAAGUGUGCCUUGGAGUGGAUCCCGCCGGAGAACGUCCAUCAUCACAUCUCGAAGGCCGUGUUGAACAUCGUUUCGAAUAAAUACGAUGAGGCGAUGGAGGCCAUCAAGGAGGGCCGGACGUUUCUUCUUGAGAACAUUUCCAGCGCCCUGCACGAGUCCUAUCUUUGCGCGUACGACUCCUUUGUGGUGGUUCAAGAGUUGACGGAAAUGGAGGAGAGUAUUACCGCGAAACUCUGGCAAAAGAAACUCGCGACCUCAGAGCACAUCGAGACGCUGGCGAAGCGGUGGGAUCAGCGCACGCGGAUGAUGCGCCCGAGCGCGGCGGUCUGGAAGCAGGUGUUGGGCAUCCGUGGUCUUCUGAUCCCGCCCUCCGAAGACGUCAAGAAUCGCACGCGACUUAUCCAACUCUGUCGACAGGAUAAUCUGCGGCAAAUGGAAAAGUUUACCCUGGAUCAGUUGCUCGGUUAUAGCAAUCCAACCUACGAGCAACUGACGAGCCAGAACGCGAAUCCGCUCGUGGUGAUGCAGUACAUUUCCUAUCUCGCCUCAAACAAUGCGCUGGGUAAAGACACCCCUUAUGGGGAAGAAGCGGAUUUAAUCAUGAAGGUAAUUGAUGUGCACACGAAGGCGAGCAACUCGAAAAUCAUCGCGCGUGCGUACGCCCGCCUCGGGACGAUCGUCGGCUCCGAAGAAGCGAUCGUCUGCUUCAAGUCCGCGACUUUGUACGAUCCCAAGUGGCAUCUCGCGUGGCGAAUGUGGGCGGAGCUGAGCAGUAAAGUCCUCGAUACGCGAUACAGCAACGAGGCCUGCAUCAACGCCAUCAAAGGCUACAUCCAGAGCAUCCAACUCGGGAAGUCCGACUCGACGUUCCUUCAGGAUGUGCUGAAGCUGCUCGCGCUAUGGACGCGGCAUUGCGAUCAGGAAAAUGGGCUCAAGGCACUCGAAAGUUGCGUGAUGGACAUCUCCACCCGCGUCUGGAAGUUGGUCGUACCGCAACUCAUCGCGAAGCUCGACUCCGGGAGCGACCGAAGCUGCCGCCUCGUCGCGAAUAUCCUCACCAACGUCGCGUACGACUACCCGCAGGCGCUGCUGUAUCCACUAAACCUCUGCACCAUGCCAGACUCUGAGCGGCGAAAGAAGUGGGCGAACGAGAUCAUCAAAAAGCUUCAGAUUCGAUACCCGGUGAUUGUGUUGCAAGGGCGGCUUAUGGCGAAUGAGCUAAUCCGCAUCUCCUCUCUGAUUUACGAGCAGUGGUACGAUAAACUCGAAACCGCCGCGAACGCCUUUUUCGGGAUGAACAAUAAGGAAGAAAUGAUUCACACCCUGCUUUCCAUCCACGAAACCCUAGCCCGCACCCCGGAGACCGUGAUUGAGGCGGAAUUCAUCGCGAAGUACAGCAACCACCUGAAUGAGGCGAAGGAGUGGGUGGAAUCUUACCAGCGAACCCACAACGUGGCGGAUCUGCAUACCGCCUGGAAUUUAUACCACAGCGUCUACCGGAUGAUCAACGAACAAAUCGCCGCGAGUGCCUCGCUGAAGUUGCCGUUUUGCAGCCCCAAACUGUAUGAGGCGAGGAACCUCGCGAUUGGCCUGCCGGAGCCCCGGCCGUUGCAGGAGGAGCGUUACUUCAAGAUCGCCUCCUUUCAGGAGGAGAUUCUCGUGAUUCGAAGCAAGCAACGCCCGAAGCGGAUCGCCGUGAACACCGUCGAAGGGCGUACCCAGAAGUUUCUCCUCAAAGGCCAAGAAGACCUCCGGCUGGAUGAGCGGGUGAUGCAGCUUUUUGGGUUGGUGAACGUCCUCCUGCAGUCCGACUCGCGGAGUUGCAAAAACCUCGGCUUUCAGAUCCAGCGCUACUCCGUCACCCCGUUAAAAGAUACGGUGGGGUUGAUCGGCUGGGUGGAAGGUUGCGAUACCCUGCACCAGCUCGUCCAGCGCUAUCGCGAAAAGCGCAACAUCUGCGUCGAGCUCGAGCUCCGCAUGCUCGGCCAGAUCAUCACCCACGACACCCCCAAAGCGUACGACCACCUUUGCGUGAUGUCGAAGGUGGAGGUGUUGGAGUUCCUCGCGGAUCACACCUCCGGGCACGACCUCCGUCACGCGAUGUGGGCCUUCACCCCGAGCUGCGAGGUCUGGCUGGAUCAACGGACGAUGUUCACCUCCUCCUUGGCGAAUAUGAGCAUGGUGGGGUAUAUCCUCGGCCUCGGGGAUCGUCAUCCGAACAACCUGAUGGUGCAGCGCACCUCCGGCCUCGUCAUCCACAUCGACUUCGGCGACUGCUUCGAGGUGACGAUGAUGCGGGAGCGCUUCCCGGAGAAGGUGCCGUUUCGCCUCACGCGGAUGCUGCGAAACGCGCUCGACGUGUCGGGCGUCGAGGGCGUCUUUCGCUCGGACGCGGAGGUGGUGAUGAGUGUGUUGCGGGAGGGCCGGCAGAACGUCCUCGCGCUGCUCGAGGCCUUUAUUCAAGAUCCCCUCAUCUCCUGGCGGUUGUUUAACCACCCCGGGCAGAAACAGCUCUCCUCGACCGAGCACAAAACCAUCGAGGAGCAGGCCGAGAUCGGGGGGCUCAAUCGGCUGCUCUCCGCCGCGCAGGAUUCGAUUUCGGAGACGAUCGAGCGCAGAGGGGGAAUCGGCUCCAUCGCCAUCGGGAAACACCUUCUACGCGAGGAGGUCGAUAUCGUCCAUCAGGGGGUUUUCAUGUUCGAACGGGUGAGCUCCAAGCUGCUUGGUUUGGACUCCCUCACACGUAAAACGACGACGGAGUCGGAUGUACACACGCAGGUAAGUCUGCUCAUUUCGCAGGCAACCGAUACCGUGAACGUGGCGCAAUCAUGGUCUGGAUGGUAUCCAUUUUGGUAA